UUAAUUGCAGUUGCCAGUCAGUCUUUAGCUAGGAAAGGGCUAAAAAAUGCUCUGUUCACAGUCCUCUCAUUCAUUCUUCCUCAAACAACUUCUUCUUCUUCUUCUUCUUCUUCUGUACUUGAAACCCUCUUGUUUCCUUCUUCAUCAUCUUCCUCCUCCUCUUCCUUCCCCCAAUUUCAUCCAACUCCUCAAAUUCACUCUAAGUUCAGCAAUUUCUCUAUCAUAUCAUAUUCCACCAAAAACCUGGUUCCCAACUUCACUGAUUUUCUCUAUUUCACUCUAUUUUACUCAUUUUACAAAGAUUUAAUCUUUCCACAAUGAAUCUUACAGGAAAAUCUUUCUGGGUUUCUCUGUUCUUUCUUCUCCAAUCACACUUACUCUGUUUUUCAUACCCUACUCCAUUGAACUGUUCAGACACAACUCGCUUAUGCACAUCGUUUUUAGCCUUCAAGCCCAAUUCAAACGAAACCCUAGCGGUGAUUCAGAGCAUGUUCGACGUGUUGCCCGAAGACUUGACAUUCGAAGGCAACGGCCGAGACUAUGUGUUUAUUCGGAAGAACUGUUCUUGUUUUCGGAGUAUUAAGAAGUACUUGACUAACACUACAUACACUGUGAGAGAAAAUAGUGGAUCUGUGCAUGAUGUGGUGGUUCAAGCCUAUGAUGGGUUGGCUUUUUUCCCCAAUAAUACGAAGGCGGCGCGUGCUCGGGCGGUGGUGCCUCUGCGGUUGUUCUGUGGGUGCUCCAGUGGGUUGUGGAAUUACUUGAUGAGUUAUGUGAUGA